GGAUUCUCAGUCAACGCUUCGGCGAGAUGGUGACCGCGAUGCUGACAGUGUGCCUGCCACAGCAUGACGGUGGAGCGCGACGAGAGCUCCGGCGGACGCAGCAUCCUGGUGGAGCCCCUGAAGGACGCGCGGGGCCGCGCCGUGGACGAGGCGGACGCAGAGGCACGCGGCCUCCGCCGCACCAAAUGGCGGCUCGGCGUCCGGCCCAGGGCGGGGUGCGGACAUGAGGUGGACCUCAGCGAGUGGCGCCUCAUCGACACCAAGGAGGUGCCUCUCCACGUCAAGACGCCCACCGCGGACACCAUCCUGGCUGUCUCGGACUCAGUGUCUUUCGACUGGCUCAAGGAGAGCGUGGAGCGGGAGCUCGGCAUUCCGUGCGGUGAGCAGCGGCUGCGCGCGUCUGACGGCUCCUGCCCCUCGAAGCUGGCCGACGUUCUGGGGAGGCGCUUCCUCUCGCUGCUUGUCUGCGGGAAGCAGCGCGUGGGGACCAACCUCUGGUUCUGGGUGCAGCACAGUGCGGGCAAGGAGUUCGUGGAGGCGCUGUCCACUGACACUGUGGGCAGCGUGCUGGCCAGAGUUCAGCAGCACGGCAGCGAGCUGGACGGCCUGCAUCUAGACGAUGUCGCACUGAGAACCAGCCGCACACUCGCUGAGUACAACGUGGCGUGUCUGGACACCCUGGAGCUGCGGGAGCACGGGUCGGUGCGAGUGACCGUCGCCGUGGAGUACGAGGACGCCGCCGCUGGCCCCAAGACUCUGGUGGUGGGCGUCAACCCGGAGGACACCGUCGCCGAGCUGCAGAGGCGGGUCGCCCUGAAGGCGGUCGCCGAACCGGUGGCGCCGCCGCCUGGAUUACGACGGUGGCGUGGAGCUGCGCCUCGGGGGGUGCCGCUCGCCGGCUACCGCACUGUGGAGGACAGCGGCCUGACUGCGGCCACGGCGCACCGACCCGUGCGCUGCUUGAUUCCGUCAUACGAACACAAGAUGAAGAUCAAAAUCCGCACUAUGACCGGCAAGGUGCUCACAGUGCCGUGCCAAACCCCAAAUUUUUCGAUAGAGAUGAUCAAGCAGAUGAUCUUGGACUUGGAGGGUAUUCCGCUCGACCAGCAGAGACUCAUUCUCGCCAGGAGGCAGCUGGAGGACGGUCGUACCCUUGGCGGGAGGCAGCUAGAGGACGGUCGUACCCUCGCCGACUACAACAUCCAGAGGGACGACGUACUUCAUCUAGUUCUGCGUCUCCGCGGCGGCGGCGGCGGCCCCGACCUCAUCGACGCUCUGCAGGUCGUCGAAGAAGCCGCCCCCGAGGGACCUCAACUCAUCGCCGCCCCAGCCGCCGUGUUUGAGCAAGAGAAUUUAAUGUGUGAAAUGUAUGCUUAUUAUAUUUAA